CAAGCAUCUAUCAUGUUGGGCGCUGGGUUCAAGGCUGAGCGCUUGCGAGUUAACCUGCGCCUUGUCAUCAAUCGCCUCAAACUGCUGGAGAAAAAGAAGACUGAGCUGGCCCAGAAGGCAAGGAAGGAGAUUGCAGAUUAUCUGGCAGCCGGAAAAGAUGAGCGUGCCAGGAUUCGUGUGGAGCACAUCAUCCGUGAAGAUUACCUUGUGGAGGCCAUGGAGAUCCUGGAGCUGUACUGCGACCUGCUGCUAGCCCGCUUCGGCUUGAUUCAGUCCAUGAAGGAGCUGGACUCUGGCCUGGCAGAAGCAGUAUCUACACUGAUUUGGGCUGCACCACGACUCCAGUCAGAAGUGGCUGAGUUGAAGAUUGUUGCUGACCAGCUCUGUGCCAAGUACAGCAAGGAGUAUGGGAAGCUGUGCCGGACAAACCAGAUUGGGACAGUCAAUGACAGGCUGAUGCACAAGCUGAGUGUGGAGGCACCACCCAAGAUUCUGGUGGAGAGAUACCUCAUCGAGAUUGCUAAGAAUUACAAUGUGCCCUAUGAACCUGACUCUGUGGUGAUGGCUGAAGCCCCUGCAGGCGGGGAGGCAGAUCUGAUUGAUGUGGGAUUUACAGAUGAUGUGAAGAAGGGUGGCCAAGGAGGGGGAGGAGGUGGUGGGUUUACAGCCCCAAUGAUUGGUCAUGAUGGAUUAGUACCCAUGCCAGUGAUGAUGCCUAUGCCCAUGCCAACACCAACUCCGCCCUUCUCCUAUCCAUCUCCAAAGGGUCCGGAGAACUUCGGUGGUGUACCAGUGGGGACCUACCAGCCUUUCACCAACAUUCAUCCACCACCAGUUCCAGCAAACCCACCAACAUAUGAGUCUAUUGCCGAGCCUAGCGCUGACAAGGACACUCCUGCGCCGGUGCCUGGAGGUGCUGGAGUGAGGAGCCCGGGGCUUUGGAUCCUGGUGGUACAGUCCUGCCAUUGCAGGCAAGGGCAACUCCAGCCUGGCCGCAGCGGGCUGUAGGCUGCGGGGGGGCUUCUGCUGCAGCCUCAGCACAGGGCUGCGGGUCUGGAUCUGCCUCUGCUGCUGCUCCUUCCAGCCUUCUAAAGCUGAGAUGUUGUGGUUUUCCCCAGUGAAUCUGUGUAAUCUGAGCUGCCUGACCACUGGUCCUGUUCUGAAAACCACGUUGGUACUGCCGUUUUUGGUAGAACAGCCUUUCUUUUGUGUGGCCCUCUUGUGUCUGUGGUACUGAGGUAAAAUGGUAUUUAUCUUACUCUAAAUAGGGCCCGGGCCCAAGUCAGAGGCUUCUCCUAAACCACAGGCUGGAGCUCCUAAUACUGUUGAUAACUUUGUGCUGCCUGAACUGCCAUCUGUACCAGACACGCUGCCAACAGCAUCUGCUGGCGCCAACUCUUCUGCCUCUGA